AUGAAUUUGCAUUGCAAAGCGAUAGUAUGUAGUUUGAAGAAUUAUGUUGUAGCAUUAGCACUAUCAAAAUUAUCCUACAAUGUUGGUCUAUUAGAUGCUGAUAUAUAUGGUCCAUCUCUUCCCACCAUGAUGAAUUUAACAAAUAAAAAAGUUGAAGUCAACUCACAUAAUAAUCUACUGGAACCAUUAUAUAAUUAUAACAUUAAAUGUAUGUCCAUGGGAUUUCUAACAAAAUCGGACGGUCCUGUUGUAUGGCGUGGGUUAAUGGUAAUGUCAGCCAUAGAAAAAAUGCUAAAACAAGUGAAUUGGAAACCAUUAGAUUACUUAGUGAUUGAUAUGCCACCUGGCACUGGUGAUAUUCAGUUGUCUAUUAGUCAACUGACUUCCAUAUCAGGAAUUGUUAUUGUAACAACACCACAAGAAAUAUCCGUGAUUGAUGUUCGUAAGGCAAUUGGCAUGUUUCAAUUGGUUAAUGUACCAAUAUUAGGAAUUAUUGAAAAUAUGUCCACAUAUACCUGUCAAAAGUGCUCACACGAAGAACAUAUAUUCGGUGUCAAUGGAGGAACAAAUUUAGCAAAAGAAUUUAAAACAACUGUUCUAGAAUUUUUACCAAUCAAUAUUUCCUUUAGACAAGCAUGUGAUGAAGGAAAACCAUAUGUUAUUGUAAAUGAUAGCGACGAUCAAAUGAUCAGAAAAUUUGAAACAAUUGCGCAAAAGAUUGUUAAACAAAUACCAAUAAAACAGAACGAACAAGUUGAGCAAAAAUAA